UCUAACACACACUCAUAAUUAUUAAAAACAAUUCCACAGAUCCCGGUCGUGCGUACACCACUUGCCUUUUUCACCCGUGACCCGACAAUGAUUUGGCAGAUGUUUUUUUUUUAUGUCAUCAAUCUACCAGAAAGCCGUACUUAUUAUUGAUCAAAAAAGCAGCCAAGAAAAGAGUUUUUAAGGAGAUCUUCAAGCCUUUCUUGAUCACUGACUCAAACCAGAAAAGAAAAGCAAUCUUCCCACUGCUUCUCCUUAUCAAUCAAUCCUCUAAGGUUUAUUAUAGUGAUCAGACCCUUCCCAACAAAGUUAACUAGGGAAAUGGAAGGAGAGAAGGAGACAGUUAGGUAUUGCAGUGAUUGCAAGACCACCAAGACACCAAUGUGGAGAGGUGGACCAUCUGGUCCCAAGUCACUUUGCAAUGCAUGUGGGAUCAGAGUCAUGAGACAGAGACGAUCCGAGCUAUUGGGUAUUCGUAUUGUUCAUAGCCACAAAGCCUACAAGAAGAUAAACACAUCAUCAACAUUAUCAUCACACGGUGGCGUGUCUUUGAAGAAACGACGGAGGAGUCUAAUGGAGGAAGAACAGGCUGCUCUUUGUUUACUAUUAUUGUCUUGUGGCUCUGUUUUCGCCUAAGGAAAUGAAAACAGAGAGACUAUCCCGCUGAAAGAAAAACAGUUUUGUCCUUUAUAUUUUGUAAUAAAAUUUAAAGUCUGAUUACAAAUGGGUACUCCACAACGAUGUGUGUCUAAAUCUCGCAAGUCUCUAGAUUGAGACUCAACAGUUAAGUUAAAAGUGUCGUUAUCAGCUCUA